CGCUUGGGGAGCCCGCUCCGCGUCCUGAGGGUGCGGAGAGUGAAGGCAUAGAGGUGGGAGGGUUUUAAAUUGAAGAGAAAAUGUCACUUUACGAUGACUUGGGAGUUGAGACCAGCGAUUCCAAAACAGAAGGCUGGUCUAAAAACUUCAAACUACUACAGUCUCAACUGCAGGUGAAGAAGGCAGCUCUGACUCAAGCAAAGAGUCAGAGAAGCAAACAAACAACAGUACUUGCUCCAGUGAUUGACCUGAAACGAGGGAGUUCUUCUGAUGAAAGACAGAUCGUGGACACACCACCUCAUGUAGCAGCUGGGUUAAAGGAUCCCGUACCUAGUGGUUUUUCUGCAGGAGAUGUAUUGAUUCCUUUGGCAGAUGAGUAUGAUCCUAUGUUUCCAAAUGAUUAUGAAAAAGUGGUGAAGCGGCAAAGAGAGGAACGACAGAGGCAGCGUGAGCUGGAGAGGCAAAAAGAAAUAGAAGAGAGAGAAAAAAGACGUAAAGACAGACAUGAAGCCAGUGGGUUUUCAAGAAGACCGGAUCCAGAUUCUGAUGAAGAUGAGGAUUACGAAAGGGAGAGAAGAAAAAGAAGUAUGGGAGGAGCUGCAAUUGCACCACCUACUUCUCUGGUUGAGAAGGACAAAGAACCUGUAGCAUCAUUCCCAUAUGAAGAUGAGUCGAGACCUCGGGCACCAUCUUCCAAAGCAGCCAUUCCUCCUCCAGUGUAUGAUGAGCCAGACAGACCUCGUAGCCCCACAGGACCUAGCAACUCAUUCCUUGCUAACAUGGGAGGGACAGUAGCUCAUAAAAUCAUGCAGAAGUAUGGUUUCAGAGAGGGCCAAGGGCUGGGAAAGCAUGAACAGGGGCUGAGCACAGCACUCUCUGUAGAGAAAACUAGCAAGAGGGGUGGCAAGAUCAUUGUUGGAGAUGCUACAGAGAAAGCAGAUGCAACCAAGAAAGCAGAUUCUAAUCCAUUGACUGAGAUACUGAAAUGCCCAACUAAAGUGGUCUUACUAAGGAAUAUGGUGGGUGCUGGCGAGGUGGAUGAAGAUCUAGAAGUUGAAACUAAGGAAGAAUGUGAAAAAUAUGGCAAGGUUGGGAAAUGUGUCAUCUUUGAGAUUCCUGGUGCCCCUGAUGAUGAAGCUGUAAGAAUAUUUUUGGAGUUUGAACGGGUUGAGUCUGCAAUUAAAGCUGUUGUGGAUCUAAAUGGAAGAUACUUUGGAGGCCGAGUGGUGAAGGCUUGUUUCUACAACCUGGACAAGUUCAGAGUACUGGAUCUGGCAGAGCAAGUUUGAUUUUAAAAAUCUAGCUCGAGGUGUCACUGUUUUGGCAAUCAUGUUUUCAGCAGUAGGCUGGGAAAAAAGAAGAGAAAGUAGCUUUCCUAGCAGACUGGAAACAAGCCUCAUUGAAUGGAUUUUUCGCAUUCGUUGUGACUUCAUUUUUUGUAAUAUAAAGCCCUUUGAAAUUAA